GGUCUCUGUCAGCAGUGCAAAGAAGACUCAUUGAAAGAAACUGAGGACACGCUUGGAUCUAUAACGUCAACAUGUCAAAGGUAUAUAAGAAGACCAGCGGCAACGGACAUAUUGCCCUGUACUUGGGGAAGAGAGACUUUGUGGACCAUGUGGACUCAGUGGACAUAGUUGACGGUGUACUUAAAGUGGACCCAGCUGGUCUUGAUGGCAAAAAAGUAUUUGUCUACCUUGCUUGUGCCUUCCGCUAUGGAAGCGAGGACUUGGAUGUUAUCGGGCUGUCCUUCAGGAGAGACAUCUGGAUAAAGCGUAUUCAGGUGUAUCCACCAACAGGUGAAACCGCAGCCCAGACACCCAUGCAGGAAUGUCUCAUGAAGAAGGUUGGAGAGCAAGGAUGUCCUUUUUCCUUCCAGAUGCCAACAGAUCUCCCAUGCUCAGUCUCCUUACAGCCUGGGCCAAAUGAUACAGGAAAGGCCUGCGGUGUGGACUUUGAGGUGAAAGGAUACCUUGCCAACGUAGCCGACCCUCCAGAUGAACCACACAAGAAGGACACGUGCCGUCUGAUGAUUCGCAAAAUACAAUUUGCACCAGCUAACAACAAGCCCGGACCCAAGGCUGAAAUAUCCAGGCAGUUCAUGAUGAGUGACAAACCUGUGAACUUGGAGGCCUCCCUUGAGAAAGAGAUUUAUUACCAUGGAGAUCCAAUCACCGUCAAGGUAAAAAUCCACAAUGAAACCAACAAGGUUGUGAAGAAAAUCCAACUCUCAGUUGAGCAGCUGACAAAUGUGGUGCUCUACUCAUCCGACACUUACACCAAGGCGAUCUGCACUGAGGAGUUUGGGGAGACAAUUGAGGCCAACGCUACAUUGGAGAAGUCCUUCCAAAUAACCCCCCUGCUGGCCAACAGCCCAGAGAAGAGGGGUAUUUCAGUGGACGGACGGCUAAAAGACGGGGACACCAACCUAGCAUCCACAACCCUGAGUCAAGGCGAAAAGGAAAUGCUGGGAAUCAUCGUCGGCUACAAAGUCAAGGUCAAUCUUAUGGUGUCCGGCGGAGGCCUGCUGGGGGGCCUAACAGGAAGCGAUGUCACAGUGGAGCUUCCUCUGACUCUAAUGUCCCCAAAACCCGCAGAAGUCAUAUUGGAAUAAAGGUCUAUUUGGUUCAGGACAGACAUCUCAUUCGAGGCCAUGAAGGAUUAAGAUGAGCAGCGAAGGAAUAUCUCCUCUCUGACAGAGAAUACAGAACACAAAGGAAAUCAACACCGAUGAAGAAAAGCACAAAGUGUCAUUAAGUCACUACAAUAUUCUUAUUUCGCCUGUACAUAUACAUUUUUAUUAGGCAUUACCAAAAGAGCUCAGAAAGAGUGACUGAAAAAGAGUCUAAACUCUGUGUGACGUUUAUCUGAAUGGCAUUAUAGCAUUAAAUAGAAAUAAACAUGUAUUGUAAUUUUUUCUUUGUCGAAGGAAAUUAACCAUAGCACAGAGUUUAGACUUUUCUUUCUAUGUGUUAUGAUUACCAACCCGUUAAUUAGUAAUUAAUCUUAAUUUAUUUAUGAUUAGAGCCAUGAUAUAGGUACAGCUGUGGGGUGAAUAUCACCAAAAUACUCCUGAUUGUAUCACUUGUUAUUUACGAGUCAAUAAACUUAUUUG